UGCGAUUGCAACUGACAGCGACUGCUAAGGUACCUUACUCCGUCCCCGUCCCCGCGCCCGAACGAGACCGGUCGACUUACGAAGGAGGCUCGCAAUCCUCACCACCAUAUCUUAUUUAAAGUCGGCCACAAGAAUCUCGUCUCCCAAGCGCAUUGAAAUAGAACGCCAACGUCGUCAUGCCCGCCGCAGGAACUGGAGCAGCUGCAACUUUUGGAUGUCAAGCGCUCGGCUGUACAAGUACCUAUUCGAGCCAAUCCAAUCUCAACAGACACAUUAAGGCCAAACACGGCGUGUACGUCCAGAUGCCUUGCGGCAAGCUGAGACAAGACCACGGUUCCAACUCCCGUCGUCACAAGUUGAGAUGCCCGGAUUGCCGUGCAAUUCAGAGUCUGCCACCCCUUGACGCCAACUUGGAAGACCUCGACAACGCCAUCGAAAGGGUUUGGAGAGAGUUAGACGAUGCGUACAAUGCUAUUGCGGGUAGUCCUUACGGAUUUUUCUAGUAAGAAUCCUCUCCUUGGAAUGCGAGGCUACUCGAAUGAGUAUACACCAUCUAGCAGUUGACGGGGAAGUUGAUGUAUAUACGUAAGUAGUGUUAAUACCGGGACCUCGCUGACCCCUAACUAGGAGCUCUUGAGUCUACUUUUCUCUCAAUCUGGAGCAUUGAUAGAGAUAUGGACAUUUUUUAAUAUGUAUUGGACGGUUAUAUCGUGUUGUGCUUAAGAGCAAGCGGCCUGUUUCUCAUCUUCUUCUCCUUCUUAGGAUUCCCUUUAUUUGUUGUUUGGGCGAUACAUCGACUCUGGUGGUUCCCUUGUACCUAUGUGAAACUAUGGAGUCUAUGAUUAGUUACUCGAAUGUACAAACUUUCUUGAAGA